AUGGCACUCCCUGGUGGACCAAAGUUUGAACCACUUUUCAGAGAUGUUGAUGCAGAGGAUGAGGAUUGGAAUGAAUUUAAUGAUAUUCACAAAAUUAUUAUCAGACAAAAAGUAAGAACUGAAUACAAGGUUGCAUUCCCUCAUCUCUAUAAUGACAGACCAAGAAAGGUAGAACUUUCCAGUUAUAGACAUCCACUUUUAACAUUCAACAAAUCAGAAGAUCCGGAUGCAGAUGUUUUUGAAUUCCAUCACUCUAUUAACCCAAUUUCAUCAUACAAAUCUCAAUAUGACGAAGAACAUAAUGAAUUUGAAUAUGAAGAUAUUGGUGGAGAUGGAGAUGUAUUUGUACUUCCAGAUGAUGUUUCUCCUCUUUUAGAUGAAGAACCACUUUGGACUCCGUAUACUCAACAAGGUAUUGAUUUGUAUUGGGCUCCAAGUCCAUUCUGUCAUCGUUCAGGAAAGAUGAAAAGAGCACAAGAUAUUCCUCUCGUAAAAUCAUGGUAUCGUGAACAUGCUAAUCCUGAACAUCCUGUCAAGGUUAGAGUCAGUUAUCAAAAACUUCUCAAAUGUUACAUAUUGAACGAAUUACAUCAUCAACCUUCUAAGGCUCAAACAAAGAGAAAUCUCUUUAAAUCCCUCAAAAAUACCAAAUUUUUCAAAACUACUAAGAUUGAUUGGGUUGAAGCUGGUUUACAAGUUUGUAGACAAGGUUUCAAUAUGCUCAAUUUAUUAAUUCACAGAAAAAAUUUAAAUUAUUUGCACUUGGAUUAUAACUUUAACUUGAAACCAAUCAAGACACUUACAACUAAGGAACGUAAAAAAUCUAGAUUCGGUAAUGCUUUCCACCUUUGUCGUGAAAUUUUAAGAUUGACAAAACUUGUUGUUGACUCACAUGUACAAUAUAGAAUGGGUAAUGUUGAAGCAUACCAACUUGCUGAUGGUUUGCAUUACAUUUUCACUCAUGUAGGCCAACUUACAGGCAUGUAUCGUUACAAGUACAGACUUAUGAGACAAAUCAGAAUGUGUAAAGAUUUGAAACACUUAAUUUAUUAUAGAUUUAAUUCUGGUGGAGUUGAUAAGGGUCCUGGAUGUGGUUUCUGGGCUCCUGCUUGGAGGGUUUGGUUAUUCUUCUUGCGUGGUAUUGUACCACUUCUUGAAAGAUGGUUAGGUAAUUUGCUUGCCAAACAAUUUGAAGGAAGACAAAAUAAGGGUACAGCCAAAUCUGUCACAAAACAACGUGUUGAAUCUCACUUUGAUCUUGAGUUAAGAGCAGCUGUUUUGCAUGAUAUUCUUGAUAUGAUGCCUGAAGGUAUUAGAGAAAAUAAGGCUAGAGUUGUCUUGCAACACUUGAGUGAAGCUUGGCGUUGUUGGAAGGCCAAUAUUCCUUGGAAAGUUCCAGGUCUUCCUUCUCCAAUUGAAAAUAUGAUAUUGAGAUAUGUAAAGUCCAAGGCUGACUGGUGGACCAAUGUUGCCCACUAUAAUAGAGAACGUAUUAAACGUGGUGUAACUGUUGAUAAGACUGUCAGUAAGAAGAAUCUUGGAAGACUCACUCGUCUCUACCUGAAGGAUGAACAAGAGAGACAACAUAACUAUAUGAAAGAUGGUCCAUAUGUUACUUCAGAAGAAGCUGUUGCUAUCUAUACAGCCACAGUUCACUGGUUGGAAAGCAGAAAGUUUGCACCAAUUCCUUUCCCUCCUCUUUCGUACAAGCACGAUACCAAAUUACUUAUUCUAGCUUUGGAAAGAUUGAAAGAAGCUUACAGUGUAAAGAGUAGAUUGAACCACUCACAACGUGAAGAACUUGGUCUAAUUGAACAAGCUUAUAACAAUCCACAUGAGGCCUUGACUAGAAUCAAGAAGCAUUUACUCUUACAAAGAACUUUCAAAGAAGUGUCUAUCGAGUAUAUGGAUUUGUACAGCCAUCUCAUUCCUGUCUAUGAUGUUGAACCAAUGGAAAAGAUUACCGAUGCUUACUUGGAUCAAUAUUUGUGGUAUGAAGCUGACAAGAGAGGAUUAUUCCCUAACUGGAUUAAACCAUCCGACUCUGAACCACCUCCACUUCUUAUUUACAAGUGGUGCCAAGCUAUUAACAAUCUGUCAGAUGUUUGGGAAACUUCAAAUGGUGAAUGUGUUGUAAUGAUGCAAGCCAAGUUUGAUAAACUUUGGGAAAAGAUAGAUCCAAUUCUAUUGAACCGUUUAUUGAGACUUGUGGUUGACAGUAAUAUUGCUGAUUAUAUGUGUGCCAAGAACAACGUUACUCUAACAUUCAAAGAUAUGAGUCACGUGAACAUGUAUGGUUUGAUCAGAGGUCUUCAAUUUUCAUCUUUUAUUUCUCAAUACUAUUGUCUCAUUUUGGAUAUUUUAAUGCUUGGAUUGGAUAGAGCAAGUGAAAUAGCUGGUCCUGCAAGAGAACCAAAUAUUUUCCUUACAUACAAGGACUUACAAACAGAAUCAAACAAUCCAAUAAGAUUAUACUCGAGAUAUAUCGAUGAGUUCCAUAUACUUUUCAAAUUUACUCAUGAAGAGGCUCGUGAACUUAUUCAAAAAUACCUCACUGAACAUCCUGAUCCAAACAAUGAAAAUAUUGUUGGAUACAACAAUAAGAAAUGUUGGCCAAGGGAUGGUCGUAUGAGACUUAUGAAACACGAUGUUAACCUUGGAAGAGCUGUUUUCUGGGAAAUUACUAAUAGAUUGCCAAAAUCUCUCACUACUUUGAAAUGGCAAGAUUCAUUUGUCUCUGUCUACAGUAAGGAUAAUCCUAACUUGUUAUUCAGUAUGUCUGGAUUUGAAAUUAGAGUAUUACCAAAGAUUCGUGCUCCUUCUCAACAAUUUGUUACCUCAAAGGAUGGUGUUUGGGAUUUGAGAAAUGAAAUCACAAAGGAAAGAACAGCCCAAGCCUACCUGAAGGUUAGUGAACAAUCUAUGAGAAAGUUUGAAAAUCGUAUUAGAAUGAUUCUUAUGGCUUCUGGUUCUACAACCUUUACCAAGAUUGUUAACAAGUGGAACACAGCUGUUAUUGGAUUGAUGACUUAUUUCCGUGAAGCUGUUGUUAAUACACAAGAAAUGCUUGACCUUCUCGUAAAAUGUGAAAAUAAGAUUCAAACAAGAAUCAAGAUUGGCCUCAACUCAAAGAUGCCUACCAGAUUCCCUCCUGUUGUAUUCUAUACUCCAAAAGAAUUGGGUGGUUUAGGUAUGCUUUCUAUGGGUCACGUACUCAUUCCACAAUCUGAUCUCAAAUAUUCCAAGCAAACUGAUACAGGUAUAACUCACUUCCGUUCUGGUAUGAGUCAUGAUGAAGGUCAACUCAUUCCUAAUCUUUAUAGAUAUCUCCAACCUUGGCAAUCAGAAUUUGUUGACUCUCAACGUGUUUGGGCAGAAUAUGCAGCCAAGAGAAGAGAAGCUCUUGAAAAGAAUAGAAAGUUAGGACUUGAAGACUUGGAAGAUUCUUGGGAUAGAGGUAUUCCUAGAAUUAAUACACUUUUCCAAAAGGACAGACACAUUCUCGCCUAUGAUAAGGGCUGGAGAGUCAGAAAUGAAUUCAAGGCUUAUCAAGUACUUAAACAAAAUCCUUUCUGGUGGACUCAAACUAGACAUGAUGGUAAACUUUGGUCAUUGAAUAACUAUAGAACUGACAUGAUUCAAGCCCUUGGUGGUGUAGAAUGUAUUUUGGAACACAGUUUGUUCAAGGGUACUUACUUUGUUACUUGGGAAGGUCUUUUCUGGGAACGUGCAAGUGGGUUUGAAGAAAGUAUGAAGUUUAAAAAGCUUACAAAUGCUCAGCGUUCAGGUUUGAACCAAAUUCCAAACAGAAGAUUUACCUUGUGGUGGUCUCCAACUAUUAACCGUGCCAAUGUCUAUGUUGGUUUCCAAGUUCAAUUGGAUUUGACAGGUAUUUUCAUGCAUGGUAAGAUUCCAACCCUCAAGAUUUCAUUGAUUCAAAUCUUCAGAGCUCACUUGUGGCAAAAGAUCCAUGAAAGUGUAGUUUGGGAUCUUUGUCAAGUAUUCGAUCAACAAGUUGAUACUCUUCAAAUUCAAACAGUACAAAAGGAAACAAUCCAUCCUAGAAAGUCUUACAAGAUGAACUCUUCUUGUGCAGAUGUUUUAUUGUUUGCUGCAUACAAGUGGCAAAUUACUAAACCUUCUCUAUUGACAGAUCCAAACGAUACCUAUGACUCUAGUUCUAAUAAGUAUUGGAUUGACGUUCAAUUGAGAUGGGGUGAUUUUGAUUCUCAUGAUAUUGAAAGAUAUUCUAGAUCCAAGUUCUUGGAAUAUUCUAAUGAUAAUCUUUCAUUCUAUCCAUCUCCAACUGGUGUCUUGAUCGGUAUUGAUUUAGCUUAUAACUACAUGUCAGCUUAUGGAUGUUGGUUCCACGGAUCCAAGCCUCUCAUUCGUAAGGCUAUGGCUAAAAUUAUGAAAGCCAAUCCUGCUCUUUAUGUCCUCAGAGAACGUAUCAGAAAGGGUUUGCAAUUGUACUCUUCUGAACCAACUGAACCAUAUUUGAACAGUCAAAACUAUGGUGAAUUGUUUAGUAAUCAAACCAUUUGGUUUGUUGAUGACUCAGAUGUUUAUCGUGUAGUUAUUCACCAAACUAGUGAAGGUAACUCUACUUCAAAACCUGUAAAUGGUGCUAUUUAUAUUUUCAAUCCAAAGACUGGUCAAUUGUAUUUGAAGAUUAUUCACACAAGUGUAUGGGCUGGCCAAAAGCGUAAAGGCCAAUUGGCCAAAUGGAAGACUGCUGAAGAAGUUACAAGUUUGAUUAGAUCACUUCCAGUUGAAGAACAACCAAAACAAAUUAUUGUUACUAGAAAGGGUUUGCUUGAUCCAUUAGAAGUUCACUUGUUGGACUUCCCUAAUAUUGUUAUCAAGGGAAGUGAAUUGAAAUUACCAUUCCAAUCAAUUCUCAAGAUUGACAAAUUCAAUGACUUGGUAAUGAAGGCAACUGAGCCAAAAAUGUUGGUAUUCAAUAUUUAUGAUGAUUGGCGUGAAUCAAUUAACUCAUACACAGCCUUCCUCAGAUUGAUCUUGACCUUACGUGCCUUUGAUGUUAACCCUGAUAAGACAAAGAUGAUUUUAAGACCAAGCAAGACAACCAUCACACAACCUCACCAUGUUUGGCCAACUUUGGACGAUCAAACUUGGGUGAAAGUUGAAGUUGCUCUGAAAGAUUUAAUCUUGUCAAAUUAUGGUAAACGAAACAAUGUCAAGGUUACAUCAUUGACUCAAUCAGAAGUUCGUGAUAUUAUUCUUGGUAUGGAUAUUGCACCACCAUCAGUUCAACAACAACAAAUUGCUGAAAUUGAGAAAGAGGCAAAAGAAGCCACCCAACUCACCACAAUCACAACCAAAAAGAUUAACCAAUAUGGUGAAGAGAUUAUUACUGUUACCAAUACACCAUACGAACAAGAAACAUUCAGUAGUAAGACCGAUUGGAGAAUGAGAGCUAUUGCUGCUCCUAAUCUUCAAAUCAGAACAAAACGUAUUUUCAUUGAACAAGAAGAUAUUGCUGAGAGCGCCUAUGACUUUGUACUUCCAAUGAAUAUUUUGAAGAAGUUUAUUUCUAUUUCAGAUUUGAGAACUCAAGUAAUGGGUUAUUGUUAUGGUAAAUCUCCUGAAGACAAUCCUAAGGUUAAAGAAAUCCACUGUAUCGUUUUGGUUCCUCAAUUAGGAUCACAUAAGACUGUAGCUGUUCCAAAACAAUUACCAGAACAUGACAUUUUGUCAGGAUUGGAACCACUUGGUUGGAUUCACACUCAACCUGCUUCUGCAAGUCAUACCAGACUCACCCCUCAAGAUGUCACAUUCCACUCCAAAGUUAUGAACCAACACAAAUCUUGGGAUGGUGAAAAGACCAUUACUAUUACCUGUCAAAUUACUCCUGGUUCAUGCAAUCUUACUGCACACAAGUUAACACCAGAAGGUUUUGACUGGGGUAGAAAGAAUAAGGAUAUUUUCAGUGAUGAACCACAAGGAUUCAAUCAUGCUGCUUUCUAUGAGGGAGUCCAAAUUAUUUUGUCAGAAUCUUAUAUGGGAUUCUUUAUGGUUCCUGACGAAGGUUCUUGGAAUUACUUCUUUAUGGGCUAUGGUCAUACUGAAAAUAUGGAAUAUGGCGUAACUCUUGGAGUUCCUAAGGAAUUUUAUCAUGAAGUCCAUCGUCCUCAUCACUUUUUGAAUUUCAGUAUGAUGGAAGAUGCUUCCUCUCAAACAGCAUUGGAACCAUCUAAGCCAACAGUUCUAGCCAGUAGUAGCACUGAGGAAGAGAAUCAUGAAGAGGCAGAUGUGGACAACCUUUUUGAAUAAAUAUUGCAUUAAUUUAGU